UCUACUCAGAUGAAGACUCCCUUUCCUGGCUUGCUAGCGGGCUAAUGCUUACCGAUCAUGUGAAAUGGAUUAAAAAUGUCGUAUUGUGUCGUGUGUUUUAUCUCGGUUCGGAUGCUAUAGGUAUGCUGUAGGACACAACAACACAACAGGGGCAGUGAUAUGGCUGCUGAUGACAAGUCCACGUCGUCCUCGUCCACACUGGACUGGAACUCCGAGCCACCCCUGUCUCCCACCAGCCCCUCCCACCUGACUCACUUUAAACCCCUCACCCCGGAUCAGGAGGAACCCCCCCUUCGUUCGGCCUACAGCUCCUUAGUCAGCCUCUUCCGCUUCAACAAAGAAAAGUCAGGUGCAAACAUUGCACCAGCAAAAAAGCUUGAGGAUGGUCGGCCUUCUUCAGCAGCUGAGAAACCAGAGUCUGCUGCGCCGUCACCACAGGGCGAGCGCCGGAGCUGGGGCAGUUCCUCACUGUCCACACAUGGCUCUGGGACACACAGGAAGCACUCAGACCUGAUCAGGAGAACAUCUACAGCCUCCGAAGGGCGACGAAAGUCAGAGACUCCUCUCGGGGGCCAUGACCCUCGAACUGCAGUCCAACUUCGCACUGCUCUGAAGAGACUGAAGGAGAUCAUGGAGGGAAAGAGCCAGGACAGCGAUCUGAAGCAGUACUGGAUGCCAGACAGCCAGUGUAAAGAGUGCUACGACUGCAACGAGAAGUUUACUACAUUCCGUCGGCGCCACCACUGCCGUCUCUGUGGCCAGAUAUUCUGCAGCCGCUGCUGCAACCAGGAGAUCCCCGGCAAAUUCAUGGGAUACACAGGUGAUUUACGGGCAUGCACAUACUGUCGCAAGAUCGCGCUGAGCUACGCACACUCUGCAGACUCGGCGUGUAUCGGAGAGGAUCUGACGGCGCUGUCAGACUCGCCGUGCUCUGUGUGUGUGCUGGAGCCCACAGAGCCUCGCACACCUGUCGGCGGACGCAAAGCUAGCCGCAACAUCUUCCUGGAGGAGGACCUCGCCUGGCAAAGAAAAGCUCCCAUUGGGAUGAGGAAGAAUUUGAUUCAUCCAGAGUCUCAAAAUAGUGGGCUUAACUCUAGAUUGUCUGCUGUGCAAGAAGAUCUGGGCAAAUCACCAGCACGAAAGAGAUCAGCUAGUGUGACCAACUUGUCUCUGGACCGCUCAGGCUCCAUGGUUCCCUCAUACGACAGUUCAGUGAGCCCCCAGAGCAGCCGAGCGGUGUCCAAACCUGACCACAGUGAAGAGGAGCGCAAGAUCCUCUUGGAUUCGUCUCAGCUAAAAGACUUAUGGAAGAAAAUUUGUCACAGCAAUACCGGGAUGGAGUUCCAGGACCACAGAUAUUGGCUACGUACUUACCCUAAUUGUAUUGUGGGUAAAGAUCUAGUAAACUGGCUCUUGCGAAAUGGCACCAUUUCUACCAGGGCUCAGGCCAUAGCUAUUGGACAGGCUCUGGUCGAUGGGCGCUGGCUUGACUGUGUUACUCAUAACGAUCAGAUUUUCCGUGAUGAGUACGCACUGUAUCGCCCUCUUCAGAGCACAGAGUUCUCUGAGACCCCAUCUCCAGAUACGGACAGCGUGACAUCCCUGGAGGGCCACUCAGAACCAUCAUGGUUCAAAGACAUCAAGUUUGACGACAGUGACACAGAACAGCUAGCUGAUGAAAAUGACUUAAUAACAACAAGUUCAGCCAGCCCCAGCAAAAGAACCUCAGUCAGCAGUUUCCAUUCAGCAGUGGAUAGUGAUUCAGCUGCCUCCAUCAACUUGAAUGUCGAGCAGGACAACGUCAACUUUCACAUCAAGAAGCAGGCCAAGUACCCUCACGUGCCUCCUCACCCAGCCGAACAGAAAAGUAUGGCGCACUCUGACCCAUUCGCCCCUGACUCUGACUUCCACGCACCAACUGAGGUCCUUGUCACAGAAGAUGGCGGUCAGCAUUUAUCCAUUAGUGAUGCCUUUAUUAAAGAGUCUUUGUUUAAUCGGCGUGUAGAAGAGAAAGCUAAAGAAAUGUUCUUCACUCCACUGGGUUGGCACCACAGCUCCCUAGACCAAUUGAGGGAGGAGAAUGGCGAGAAGAAGGCUAUGGAAAGACUUCUAUCAGCCAACCACAACCACAUGAUGGCCCUGCUACAGCAGCUGCUUUACAGCGAGUCACUGUCUCUCUCCUGGCGAGACAUCAUCGUGCCCGUAGUGCGGCAGAUAGUGCAGACGGUGCGUCCAGAUGUUCGGAGCUGCGACGAUGACAUGGACAUUCGCCAGCUGGUGCACAUAAAGAAGAUACCAGGAGGAAAGAAGUUUGACUCUGUCCUGGUGAAUGGCUUUGUUUGCACUAAGAAUAUUGCUCACAAAAAGAUGAAUCCUUACAUCAAGAACCCCAAGAUUCUUCUGCUCAAGUGUUCCAUUGAGUAUCUUUACAGAGAAGAGACAAAGUUUACCUGCAUCGAUCCAAUUGUGCUUCAGGAGCGAGAGUUUCUGAAGAACUAUGUGCAACGAAUAGUCGAUGUGCGUCCUAACCUGGUGCUGGUAGAGAAGACGGUGUCACGCAUCGCUCAGGAUAUGCUGCUUGAGCACGGCAUCACUUUAGUCAUCAACGUCAAACCUCAAGUGCUAGAUCGAGUGAGUCGAAUGACUCAGGGAGAUUUAGUCAUGUCUAUGGAUCAACUUUUGACCAAACCUCGCUUGGGAACAUGCCACAAAUUCUACCUUCACUCCUUUCAAUUAAACUCUAAUAAUGAGCUAAAGACACUCAUGUUCUUCGAUGGAUGUCCUUCUCAUCUGGGUUGCACCAUCAAGCUCCGUGGUGCUUCAGAGUAUGAGCUAGCUCGAGUUAAGGAGAUCAUUAUGAUGAUGGUGUACGUGGCUUAUCACUCCCAGUUAGAGAUUUCCUUCCUAAUGGAUGAGUUUGCAAUGCCUCCUAGUCUGUCUAAGAGCUCAUCAUUCCACUGCCUGCUUGAGAGCGCACCUGAGGAAGCAGAGAAGGAGGUGGACCGCGAGAGCCAGGGGAACCAAACUGAAACAAGGGAGGAACAUGGAGAGAUCAACUCGGAAGGUGAUUAUGACUUUGAGCCAGGGUUUCAAGAGAUUAUUAAAAGCCACAGUAGGCAGCAUUCGACCUCUGAGUCCUCAAUGAAAGAUGGAGAAAGUCCUAAAGUGAGCAGAAAUGACUCCCCCAUGUCUACAAUUGUGGUGGAAGGAGAUGAGAUAAAGACCUCCACUCCUCUGUCCAGCCAAUCACACCAGCCACUGUGUAUGUCCCCUCCUUAUCUUUCGUCUCUGGAGGAGAUCGUAGAGGAGGAUGUGAAGAAAGCAGCUGAGGCAGUGAGAAAUAGAGAGGAUGAGGAAACCCUGGUGCGAGCAGACAGCACCAGUUCAGAAACUCCACUUGCUCCAACACAGCUCUUCAGAGACCCGCUGCAAGAUGACAGCGGCUUGUUCGUGGCUGAGCAGGUGACUUCAUCAGACGAUCGGCUUAAGUCUAUUUCAGCCAGCUUUAGGCAGGAGUUGAAAGACGUUAUCCUGUGCAUCUCGCCCUUUAUGACCUUCCGCGAACCCUUCUUGCUCACAUCAGCUGGUCUACGCUGCCCGAGCCGGGACUACUUCCCAGAGCAGGUCUACUUCUCACUGCUGCUAAACAAGGACCACAAGGAGGUCGACAGCCGCCGCAAGAGGCUCCUGCUCAAGGACUCGAACUCAUCUAGUAGUUCUCUGGUUAACGGGAUUGGCCAACAGCACCGCCCAGUCCGAGAAUUGCCCCCCCAUAAACUCACUACAACCCGCAUGACCCAGCAGCUUAGCAAUAGUCAGGGUCUGGCUCGCAUGCUGGCAGACUACCGCGCUCAGGGAGGACGAAUCCAGCGAGACACUGAUCCAUUUGCUCAUCCCUCGCAGACCCCAAAUACAAAGGCACCAGUCAAGGCAGACAGUGAGGAGGAGAAAGGGCCAGGGCAGAGUGACAUGGUCUGGGCUACUAAGCUUGACUGCCUGAAUCCAAUAAACCACCAGAGGCUGUGUGUGUUGUUCAGCAGCUCCUCAACACAGUCCAACAAUGCCCCAAACUACUGCGUCAGCCCUUGGAUUGUGACCAUGGAAUUUUAUGGGAAGAAUGACUUGACUCUUGGAAUAUUUCUGGAAAGAUACUGCUUCAGGCCGUCUUACCAAUGCCCCAGCAUGUACUGUGAAACUCCCAUGGUACAUCACAUCCGUCGCUUUGUGCAUGGUAGUGGCUGUGUCCAGAUUGUUCUGAAAGAGCUCGAUUCACCUGUGCCUGGAUACCAACACACUAUCCUCAAUUACUCCUGGUGCAGAAUCUGUAAACAGGCUACUCCAGUUGUCCCCUUGUCCAACGAUUCAUGGUCCAUGUCCUUUGCUAAAUAUCUGGAGCUGCGUUUCUACGGCCACCAGUACACUCGCCGUGCCAAUGCAGAGCCAUGCGGACAUUCCAUUCACAAGGACUACCAUCAGUACUUCUCCUACAACCAGAUGGUGGCCUCUUUCAGCUAUAUCCCAGUGAGAUUGUUGGAGAUCUGCCUGCCUGCUCCUAAGAUCAUCAUCAGGAACCAGGGCCCCAGUAAGAACAUUCUGCAACAGGACCUCAAAGAUUUUGCGCUGAAGGUGACUCAAGUGUAUGCUGCAAUAGACGAUCGUCUCACCUCUCUUAAAACGGACACAUUCAGCAAAACUCGUGAGGAGAAAAUGGAGGACUUGUUUGCACAGAAAGAUAUGGAGGAGGGUGAGCUGCGCAGCUGGAUGGAGAAGCUGCAGGGACGUCUGCAGGCCUCGACUGUAGACACCCCACAGCAGAUGCAGGCUGUUCUUGAGUCUGUGGUGAUGAAGAAGCAGAGCUUGUGUGAAACCCUGCAAUCUUGGAAUAGCAAACUGCAGGAUCUGUUCCAGCUGGAGAAGGGCAGGAAGCGUUUGUCUGUUCCACCUAGCCCUGGCAGACACAGACAGGCCACCAACGAUGAGAGCAAGACGAGUGUCUUGGAAUCGUCUCCCCGCAACCCCUCCCCUGUGGUACAGAAUGGUGAGAAAGCAUUAGAGGAUCGUCACCUCAGCACCCUGCCCUCAAGCACAGGAUCCUUAUCCUUUCCCCUGCCAUCGCCAGCCGAACAGAGCUCAGAGGUCCCCACGGCUGGUCCUUCCUUCCAUGAUCAGGACUCUGAAGGAGAGGUGUUUGACAGCCACCUACAAGGCUCCAUUGACAGUCAAGUGAAAGAGAAAACCACCAUGAAAACCAUUCUGGCCAACCUCUUACCAGGCAACAGUUAUAACCCUAUUCCUUUACCUUUUGACCCAGAUAAACACUACCUCAUGUAUGAUCAUGAGCGUGUCCCUAUCGCCGUGUGUGAGAGAGAACCGAGCUCGAUCAUCGCCUUCGCUCUGAGCUGUAAAGAAUAUAAAACUGCUCUUGAAGAUAUUUCAAAAACUACACUGAAGACCUCUGGCGAGGAAAUCUCACAGACCAACAGUUCGGGAGAGAACAAGGUGAAGAGCAGCCCUGCCAAGGUCACUGAUGGCAGCACCUCUCAGACCGGCCGCAGCAGCAUCGAUUCCGACCCGCCCAAGGAGCCUGAGAGUGGUGACAAACAGAAGAAGCAGACAGGAAAUCCACACAUAGAACUGCAGUUCUCAGACGCCAGUGCAAAAUUCUACUGCCGCAUCUAUUAUGCAGAGGAGUUCCAUAAGAUGAGGGCUGAGGUGAUGGAGAGCACAGAGGAAGAUUUUGUGCGCUCGCUCUCUCACUGUGUCAACUGGCAAGCUCAAGGUGGCAAAUCGGGAGCUGUCUUCUAUGCCACUGAAGAUGACCGGUUUAUUUUGAAGCAGAUGCCCAGACUGGAAGUGCAGUCCUUUCUGGAUUUCGCCCCAUACUACUUCACUUAUAUCACUGGUGCAGUUCAACAGAAGCGGCCUACAGCACUUGCAAAGAUUCUGGGAGUUUACCGUAUUGGUUACAAGAACUCACAAAACAACACGGAGAAGAAGCUCGACCUGCUUGUGAUGGAGAACCUCUUUUAUGGACGCAAGAUGGCACAGGUGUUCGACCUAAAGGGCUCUCUGAGGAACCGGAACGUGAAGACGGAGCAGGGUAAGGAGAGCUGUGAGGUGGUGCUGCUGGAUGAGAACCUGCUCAAGCUGGUGCACGAUAAUCCACUCUACAUCCGAUCCCACUGCAAGGCCAUCCUGCGCGCCGCCAUCCACAGCGACGCUUACUUCCUGUCCAGCCACCUCAUCAUCGACUACUCGCUGCUGGUGGGCCGUGAUGACACUUCCGACCAGCUCGUCGUGGGCAUUAUAGAUUACAUCCGGACAUUCACAUGGGAUAAAAAGCUUGAAAUGGUGGUAAAGUCUACGGGAAUUCUCGGCGGGCAAGGUAAAAUGCCCACAGUCGUUUCUCCGGAGCUGUACCGCGCCCGCUUCUGUGAAGCCAUGGACAAGUACUUCCUUAUGGUCCCUGACCACUGGACCGGACUGGGAGUGAACUGCUGAGUUGUGGAGCUGCCCUAAGAUGCUACAGUAGACAAUCUUCAAUGACUAGAGACUUUAUAUUAAAAAAAAAAUAAAUUAAA